AUGUCCACAAACAUUCGCGUCAAAUUUCGUACACAACAAGAGAAUGCAUUUCUCUUUCUCGCCGCCGGGCGCACCGAUUACUGCCUCAUGCGGCUAGAAGGCGCCGCCAUUGCAUUUACGUAUAAAAUUGAUCGCGAAGUCAUACAGCUCCGUUCGCCAAAGAAGCAGCAUUUGAACGAUUUAGAGUGGCACGAUGUGACUGUGCAACGCUAUGAAAAUAAUAUAACGCUGCAGGUGGAUGGCAAUAUAGUGCGCAAGACACUGCCGGCCGAAAUGACGGCAUUGAAUGUACACUUUGGCACAUUCCUCGGCGGUGUGGGCGACUUUCCCGCUGAGUAUUUGACGGAUGUGGUGGGCUUUCGCGGCUGCAUAUCAGAUGUAUUUUACAACAAUAUCAAUAUCAUAAAACGCGCCAAGGAGCGUACAGGCCACACAACCAGCAUUGGUGUGACUUGGUCGUGUAGUAAUGAAUUCGAUGGCAACGUCAAGGAUGCGAUUAGCUUUCUCAAUGAAGACUCAUUUGCGUUGAUGUCAAAAGAGUCUAACGCAGUGGGCGAAUCGCUAGCAAUGCAGUUUCGCACCAUGGAAGAGGCUGGUGUGCUCUUCUUUAAUGGUGGCUAUGAUUUUGUGCUUUUGGAAAUCGAAGAAGAAGCUGUCAAGUUGACCUUUAAUAAGGCGGGCAGUCUGGUGCAACUGUCGCCCAAUCAAAGCGUUGCGGAUGGCAAGUGGCAUCGCAUCGUGCUGCGCUAUAAUGCCGCUAUGGCUGAGCUGAUACUCGACGAUGUCGCCUACAGCGGCACGCAUGCCAAUGACACCAAAGUCACCAUCAACUUGGAGAAGAGCAUCUUCUUUGGUGGCGUGCAGGAGGAUAUGCGCAGGCGUCUGCUGAAUAAGGGAUUGCUUGUGAACGAUCUCAGCUUCAAAGGCUACAUGCGUGGUCUGCAGGUGAAUAAUCAAGAUUUGGGCUUUCCACAAAUGAAGGUCUCACAUCACCUGUCCGUUAAUUGUGUUUGGAAAUAUCCUUGCGUAGAGCAUAAGCCAUGCUUGAAGAGCGGCAUCUGCAGUCAAUAUGGCGUGGACGAAUUCAUCUGCUAUUGCGAUCAGUCGUAUUGCAUUAAGGCCGACUAUCAAGGUCCAUUCAAAAUCUUCACCGAAACAAGUCCGGAGCUGGAGUUGCUCUACGUUUCACCCAUGCAACUGCUCGAAGGCGGCAUUGUCUUCUUGUCGCCACACUUCAUUGAUGUGCUUAUUGAUAUGCGUAAAUAUCCCAGCCUGACCGAUACUUCCGUUGUGUUCCACGUCGUUCAGCAGCCCAAAUAUGGCCAACUGCUGCAAUUCUCAGUGGACAAAAAUAAUUUUGUGCCAUGUCGCACAUUUAGCCUUGUUGAUCUCUCGACAGACAAAGUGAAAUAUGCGCACAAUGGCAUGGAGAACUUCAACGAUCAUGCCACUCUAGAUAUGCAGGUGUAUGGAGACAUACACAAAGUACCGGACAAUAUUCUCGGCAAACAUCGCUUCCUUUUGCACGCCAAUGUAACGCCCAUCAAUGAUCCGCCACAGCUGCAGAUACCGAUCAACAAGAUUUUACGCGUCAUCGAAGGCAUCGAGCGUGUACUGGAUGUGGAUUUGUUCAAUAUUGAUGACCCUGAUAGCCCAACGAGCGCUUUAAUCUAUACAAUACUGCCAUCCACGAAUCCCGCCGAAGCUUUUGGCCGUUUCCUUGUCAAUGGCAUUGGCACUAUGACUUUCUCGCAAGCGGAUGUCAAUUUGGGCAAAGUAGACUUUCUUUACAACUCAACAACCACGGAGGCCUUUAGCUACCAAAUAUUGUUGCAUGUCUCGGAUGGCAUCGAAACGAGCGAUACUGUUUACCUGCCUGUAUCGGUGCAUCCACUGGAACUGCGUUUGGUCAAUAAUACGGGCUUGAUUAUGAUACACAAGUCAGCUUUGCCCAUCACUCCGGCGAAUCUCUCGGUUGGCACAAAUACGGCAGAUGAAAAUAUCGAUAUUCGGUAUGAAAUUGUCAAGCCUCCCCAAUAUGGCGCUAUACAAAGGCUGCGACAGGUCGAUUCUUCUUGGGUGAAUGUUGAUUGGUUUAGCGAUAGUCAAAUGCUGCUUGGGCAUAUACGAUAUGUGCAUGCUAUAGAAUUUCCAUGGCAGGAUGAGUUUAAGGUGAGUAAGUGGUACGUGAAAAGCGGAACAUAAUGCCGGAUUUCCACUAGGCAUUAAAUGACAA